AUGCCACCCAGGAAGAAACGGAUCCUCACCGUGCUUGACAGCAGUGACGGCGAGAAUGCACCGCCCCCACCAGGGCCCAAGAAGCGCAAGGCAAGCACGCGGAAAGCCGCCGACUCCCAGGACCACGAAAACCCACCGCCGAAGAAACCCAGGGGCAGGCCACGGAAGAGUACAGCCGCCGAUGACGACGGCCCACCUUCAGCGAAGAAACCCAAGCGACACGCUGGCAGCCGCCUUGACGACGAUGAAGAUAGCGAUUUGCUGGAGAAACCGGGCAAAAAGCAGAAAAACAAAGCUUACGAGCCCACUGAGGGAGAUUUGCAAGAAAUCUACUUGACACAGCUCCCGCAGGAUGAUUCUAGUCCCCCGUGGAGGAUUCGAGGUCCCAUCUGGCAAAAACCAAAAGACGAAAAGCCACCACCCAAACCCCCUGUCUUCUACAGACCUCCCGCACCCCCUUCUCUUCCUGCUCAGUCAAAUGGCCGAGCUGACACCGUAUCCCGUCCUGCCAUUGCCCAUGCUCCGCAACAGCGGCUCCAGAACCAGAAUCAAAUUGGCAUGCAAGCUGUGAAGACUCCACAUGAAACACCAAAGGCUCGCAAACCAAGCCCUAAAAACCCGGGGCCAUUCUACAGCUCGCCUUUCAGCUCUCCAGUAUCACCUCGAAUCCAAACGCCUCAAAGAAACUCCCCCACAGCUCCGCGGGAAUCAUUCGUGUCAAGGCUGCCCGAAACUGCACAUUCCAACGCUGAAGGAGCGCGUGCGCAAGCUCCGUCUCGGCCCGUUGCAACGAAUGUUGAAGCAGACAUGGAGCUGGACCCAGAAGAUUUCUCAAGCUCCCCGCUAAGCGCUCUAAUACCAAUAACACGCUCAAACCGCGGUGCGGAUACCUCCCUCGACAAUGCCGAGACUGCACAGCGUUCAAUUACGAACGGAAUAAGUGCUCCUGUUCCUCCAAUUGAUUCGGUAGAGGUGGAGAACUUCUUUAGCUCUCCGCCAAGCUCACCAAGGGCCAUUUCAGCCCCGGUGGCUCCGCAACCUCCAUUGACCGCGUUAGAUCGUGAUGAGUUCGAUGACGAAGACUUGGACGACAUCGACGAGUCUCUCUUCCAGCGUCUAGUUUCUCAAGGGCCCCCCGCCGCUAGAAACCCUACAGCGGCUUCUGUGCCAGCCCGGAAUCAUCUUGCCCAGGAAACUCAUGAGGAGCUCCUCGAUCUUCCCUCUGAUGCAUUUUCGCUAUCUUCAAUGACAUCUCCAGAGUUUCUACGCGCGGGGAGGGCUCAAGACCAAGCCAUUGUGGUUUCAUCCCAGGACAACCCGGCAUCCAAUGGGCCACGGCGGCUCGCUGCUCCUCUCAACGGUUUGAGGCAGACGACUUUGUUUGGGGGUCCCAGCACUGUGCCUCCAUCACAAAUCAAUAAGCGCCAGAAUUGGCCGGUGGUCAACAGAGACGAACCACCGACGCAUCACAAAAUAGACUUGGAAGCUAUGAAAACCUGGGUAUAUCCCACAAACCUUGGCAAUAUUCGAGACUACCAAUUCAACAUCGUACAGCGUGGACUGUACCACAACCUCCUUGUUGCGCUGCCAACUGGUCUGGGGAAAACCUUCAUUGCGGCUACAAUCAUGCUGAAUUUCCUACGCUGGACCACUGAUGCACAGAUUGUUUUCGUUGCUCCGACUAAGCCGCUGGUUGCUCAACAGAUUGAUGCCUGCCUGGGAAUUGCUGGUAUUCGUCGCUCACAGACUACUAUGUUGACAGGUGAAGUGGACCCUGGUCUUCGGGCAGAGGAGUGGAAGAUCAAAAGAGUCUUCUUCAUGACUCCACAGACAAUGAUCAAUGAUUUGAAGACGGGGUACUGCGAUGCGAAGAGGAUUGCCUUGCUCGUCGUAGACGAGGCCCACAGAGCAACGGGCGCUUACGCUUAUGUCGAGAUUGUCAAGUUCAUUCGACGGUUCAACCAAAGUUUCCGAGUUCUUGCUCUGACUGCAACCCCCGGCGCCGACGUUGAGACGGUUCAAAAGGUUAUUGAUGGACUGGAGAUCUCUCGUGUUGAGAUUCGAAUGGAGAAUUCUAUGGACAUCCAACCAUUCAUACACAAGCGCGAAGUCGAGAAGAAAGUCCUGAGAGACAACAAGGACCUGCUCGUGGCCAAGGAUCUAUUUUCAAAGGCCAUACAACCCGUGCUGGACAAGCUGAAUCAGCAAAAUGCGUACUGGUCUAAAGAUCCGCUGAACAUGAGCCUGUACGGUCUCACACAAUCAAGAGCCAACUGGAUGAGGUCGGACGCCGGUAGGAAAGCGUCGCAGCCGAUGAAGGGAAUGAUUAACUCCAUAUUCCAAGCUCUCAUGAGUCUGGGCCGCGGAAUCGAUGUGCUCAAAUUCCACGGCCUUCGUCCAUUCUACCGCAUCCUUUGCGACUACAAGAACGAUGCGACAACCAAAUGGAAGAAGGAGAUAGCCAAUAACCCAAACUUCGAGAAGCUCAUGAAAAUUCUUAGGGAUUGGACCGCCAAGCCUGACUACAUCGGGCAUCCGAAGCUCGAACACCUUCGGGAAUAUGUACUCAACCAUUUCUUGGAUGCCGGAGAGGCGCCUGGUACAUCACAAACCAAAGUCAUGGUCUUCGCACAUUGGAGAGACAGCGCAGAGGACAUUGUUCGCGUGCUCAAGUUGAAUGAGCCCAUGAUCCGGCCUCAUGUUUUCGUUGGGCAAGCAGCAACAAAGACUUCUGAAGCCAUGGACCAACGGCGCCAGGAAGAGGUCGUGAGACAAUUCAAGAGUGGCGUCUACAAUACGCUGGUUGCCACGUCGAUCGGAGAGGAAGGCUUGGACAUAGGAGAGGUUGACCUCAUUGUCUGCUACGACCAAAAGGCCUCACCAAUCCGCAUGUUGCAGCGAAUGGGCCGGACUGGUAGAAAGCGUAGAGGAAAGAUUUUACUGCUACAGAUGGAAGGGAAAGAAGAGAACGACGCGUUCAAAGCGAAAGAUGCCUAUGAAAAGAUGCAGGAGAAGAUUUCCAGGGGCGAUGAAUUCAAAUUCCACACUGACCUUGCCAGGAGAAUCGUCCCGAGAGAUAUCAACCCAGUCGUGGAGAUGAAGCAUAUUGAGAUUCCCAUUGAGAACUCACAACCGGAGUUGCCUAUGCCUCGGGGAGGAAAGGGUAGGAAGACUAAACGGCCACCCAAGAAGUUCCAGAUGCCGGACGGUGUGAUUACGGGGUUCGUAUCGGCAGCUGGUCUGAAUGGUGGUCCUGAUGAAGGCCAGCCUCGUACAAAGAGAAAGAGCAAAAAAGCACCAGUCAUCGAGGAAAUGGAACCCCCGGUCCCAGCUGAAGAAACAUUUCUGAACAGCCAGGAAGUGAGGCAGCUCCAGAGGUUCUACCAGAACAUCCACGACGCAGAUGACGAUAGAGAAAUCGCAUCACCAGCAUUGACGUUACAUCCGAAGCGACAGCGACGAGCGGGGCGGACAAGGUACAUCUCAACUCACAGUCGAGCCACUAUGAACUUUGUCAAGAUGGUCAACCGAAUGCAUGCUAUGACGAAGAGUAGAGGCGGAGAGCUUGAGAAGAGGUUCAGAGACAGCUUGCACAUGUCGGAUAUCGAAGCUGGACCGUCAGCAGACGAGAUGUCGGAAGAGGAAACAAUGCAUGAUGACGAUGAUGAUACUUUAGGGGUCACACCAAAGCGACAAAGGCGAAUUAUGGAUGAGGUUGGAGAGGGAGGGAGCAGCAGCCCGCCACCAACGGAUCCUCGGAUGCGUGUUCGGUCACAGGCCAUCGAUCUGGGUACGCAAGACACGGAAGGCGAGGACGAACUUGAGGAUGAAGAGCUCGAUUCGGAAUUGGCCGACUUCAUCGCCGAUGAUGCCGAAGCGGUUGAGAUGUUCAGCUCUUCACUGCCCUCAAUCAGGGCGGCAAGACACACGAAGCUGUUCACGUCUUCUCAGAGGGGCCAAGAGAAUUCGGAUGACGACGACGACGAGUUGCCAGAUAUCAGUCAAUUGGUCCGGAAGCAGAAGAGAGGCGCGACAGGCGGAUGCCAAAGCAAUGCUAUGGUGGCGGAUAGCGAGAACGAAGAGGACGAGGAAAUAGAACCCGUGGCCCGUCAUGGUGCGAAAAGACGAAGGGUUGUGGACGAUAGUGAUAGCGACUAA